AUGUUUGCUGUUCCAGGCUGGUCGGUGUCCUCAAGCCAGUUACGGACCCAAACUCUAGAAACAGAUUCUGCGCCGAAGAAAGACAACAAUGCCUCGACACCGGACCAGAGCAGCGAAGCCACCCCCAAUGCCGGGAAGAAACGCAAACGCAGUGGCGGCAAAUCAAAGAUUAACACCGUGAAUGCUUCUAAUGUGGCAGAUCUGUGGGAGACGGUGAUUGAGGGCAAGGAGAAGCCGAAAGACAAGGAACCUGCUGAGAAACGCCAGAGGAUUUCAGAUGGUGGAGCUGAGGGGAAAGGAGAGGGCGAUGAAGGCGUGGGCGCUGCACCCAAGCCUAGGAUCAAGAAGAAGACUUUGAAAGAAAAGAGACGCGAGAAGAAAUUGGCCUUGAGCCAGGCAACGGAACCCGGUCAAGGCGAGCCUGAAGCCUCAAAAGUCGAGAAAACAGCUGGUCAGGGAAAAGCACCAUCGGUCACCAAACCCACUCCACAACUCACGCCUCUUCAAGCAUCCAUGCGACAAAAACUCAUCUCAGCCCGCUUCCGACAUCUUAACCAGACCCUUUACACUACGCCCUCGGCUCAUUCCCUCUCUCUAUUCGAACAAAACCCGGAAAUGUUCACAGAAUACCACGAGGGAUUUCGGCGACAAGUUGAAGUAUGGCCCGAAAAUCCGGUAGAUGGAUACAUCCGCAUAAUAAAAGCUAGAGGCAAGAUCCGGGGACCACCUCGACAAAAAGCUGGCUCCGAAGCAAGCACUGAAGUAGCUACUAUUCCAUUACCGAGAACGGAGGGGACAUGCCACAUUGCAGACCUAGGCUGUGGUGAUGCAGCCCUAUCAGCUUCUUUGCAAAAAGAUUCCAAGAAGCUACAUUUGAAACUUCACUCUUUUGAUCUCUACUCCCCCAGCCGACUCGUCACCCGCGCCGAUAUCUCGGACUUGCCAUUAUCAGAUGGCAGCAUAGAUAUUGCCGUGUUCUGCCUCGCGCUGAUGGGCACGAACUGGAUUGAUUUCAUUGAAGAAGCAUUCCGGGUCCUGAGAUGGAAAGGCGAACUGUGGGUUGCGGAGAUCAAGAGCCGUUUUGGGCGGGUGGGGAAUAAAGGCAGAGUGGAACAUAGUGUUGGGAAUAGGCAGAAGAAAGCAGUGGUACCAAGCAAGAAAGAUAGGAGGAAGCGAGAGGAUGAGGAGGCGAUCCAGGAUGAUGCCGCGCUGGUGGUAGAGGUUGAUGGGAAUGAAGAUGCGAAGCAAGAAACAGAUGUUAGUGCAUUCGUCGAAGUGCUGAGGAAGCGUGGCUUCAUGUUGAAGGGAGUCGACUCGAAUGGCGAGGGCGCGAUAGACUUGAGCAACAAGAUGUUUGUGAGGAUGCAGUUUGUGAAGGGCCUGACCCCUAUCAAGGGUAAAUGCGUUCCAGAACCCAAGGGGAUGGCUGACGCCGGCGUGGAGACUUGGAAGAGGAAGCCAAAGGCCAAGUUCAUUGAUACAGAGGAGGAAACCCCGGUGUCGAGUGAAGCAGCAGUGCUAAAGCCAUGUGUUUAUAAGUUGAGGUAG